UCUUCGGGCUUUUCCGUUUUCCUCCGUAGCUAGUUGUUGCUCGUCUGAGAUCUGAACGAUGAUUGACAAUAAUGGCGACGCGUUCAUCCUAAGUUGACUCCAGGGAACCUUCUCUGGCUGACAAAGUGAACGUCUUGGAUGGAUCGUUCGUGCCACACACAACACCAUUAAGGAUAAACAGCCACAAACGGAUUACUUUGAUCUCAGCGACAAAGACUUGCUAGCCCAGAUAGGUUUAUCCUGCUAGCACUGCGAUAGUUAGCAACUCGUAUUGCUAGCCUGCUAAGUUGAGGAGGUAGGAGGUAUUCCUCUGUGUGGGGUGGAGGAGAGGGACAGGGAGCUUGCUAAGUAGCACGGUCUAGCUAACCCAUAUAUGUAACAACUAAAUGGGUGUUUGUGACAAUUUAGUUUCGUAUUAUCGAAGGCAACACCGAUGUGGCACUGGCUUGCAACGUUAACGUUAGCUUGUGGGAGAAGUUGAGUUGUCCAACAGUCUCCUUAGGUUGCUAACUAAGCCAGCAGCAGGCUAGCUUUGUGGAUUGUUCCAGUCUCUUUCCUGUCUGGACUUGCUGCUACCACUUGCGUUUGGAAACUGUCCACCGUCGCACCGUUAACUAAGCUGGCUAGCAAACACUGCUAGCUCGCUACUUUUGUAAGAAUAACUGUGGCAUUGUCGAGAUCUCUUCGUAAAUGACCACCGGCAGGAAUAACCGGGCGAUGAUGGAAGGAGUCGGGGCGAGAGUGGUGCGCGGACCGGACUGGAAGUGGGGGAAGCAGGACGGAGGAGAGGGACAUGUUGGCACCGUCAGGAGUUUUGAAAGUCCAGAAGAGGUGGUUGUUGUCUGGGAUAAUGGGACGGCUGCUAACUACCGUUGUUCUGGAGCAUACGACGUGAGGAUAUUAGACAGUGCACCAACAGGCAUCAAGCACGAUGGAACCAUGUGUGACACCUGCCGUCAACAGCCCAUCAUUGGUAUUCGCUGGAAAUGUGCUGAGUGCACCAAUUACGACCUUUGCACAACCUGUUACCAUGGAGACAAGCAUCACCUGAGACAUCGGUUCUACAGGAUCACCACCCCUGGCAGUGAGAGAGUACUUUUGGAGUCACGGCGCAAGUCGAAGAAAAUCACUGCCCGAGGGAUCUUCACUGGUGGCCGGGUGGUGAGAGGAGUGGACUGGCAGUGGGAGGACCAGGACGGAGGCAAUGGGAGGAGGGGAAAGGUGACAGAGAUCCAGGACUGGAGUGCAGCCAGUCCUCACAGUGCUGCCUACGUUCUGUGGGACAAUGGGGCCAAGAACCUGUACCGUGUUGGCUUUGAGGGAAUGUCGGAUCUGAAAUGUGUCCAAGACGCCAAAGGAGGCUCGUUUUACAGAGACCACUGUCCUGUUUUAGGUGAGCAGAAUGGCAACAGAAAUCCUGGAGGUCUACAGAUUGGAGAUCUGGUCAACAUUGACUUAGACCUUGAGAUUGUCCAGUCCCUCCAACAUGGCCACGGUGGGUGGACUGACGGCAUGUUUGAGACUCUCACGACCACCGGCACAGUAUGUGGCAUCGAUGAGGAUCACGAUAUUGUGGUUCAGUACCCCAGUGGGAACAGAUGGACGUUCAAUCCAGCCGUGCUGACAAAGGCCAACGUAGUGCGCAGCGGGGAAGUUGCGGCCGGUGCAGAGGGAGGCACUUCCCAGUUCCUAGUGGGAGACCUGGUCCAGAUUUGCUACGACAUCGACCGCAUCAAGCUGCUGCAGAGAGGCCACGGAGAGUGGGCUGAAGCCAUGCUGCCUACCUUAGGCAAGGUGGGUCGUGUGCAGCAAAUCUACUCUGAUAGUGACCUGAAGGUCGAGGUUUGUGGAACUUCUUGGACGUACAAUCCUGCUGCUGUCACUAAGAUCGCCCCCUCUGGCUCAGCUGUCAGCAACGCCUCUGGAGAGCGUCUGUCUCAGUUGCUGAAGAAACUGUUUGAGACGCAAGAGUCUGGAGACAUCAAUGAGGAGCUUGUCAAGGCGGCAGCCAAUGGAGACCUGGCCAAGGUGGAAGACAUUCUUAAGAGACCGGAUGUGGAUGUGAAUGGACAGUGUGCUGGACACACUGCUAUGCAGGCAGCCAGUCAGAACGGUCACGUGGAUGUCCUAAAGUUGCUGCUUAAACACAGUGUGGACCUGGAAGCUGAGGACAAAGACGGAGACCGUGCGGUGCACCACGCAGCCUUUGGUGAUGAGGGCUCUGUCAUUGAGGUGCUGCAGAGGGGCGGUGCCGACUUGAAUGCCAGGAACAAGCGAAGGCAGACUCCGUUACACAUAGCUGUCAACAAAGGCCACUUGCAGGUGGUCAAAACCCUGCUGGACUUUGGAUGCCACCCCAGCCUCCAGGAUUCAGAGGGAGACACGCCCCUGCAUGAUGCCAUAAGCAAGAAGAGAGAUGACAUGCUGUCGGUGCUGCUCGAGGCCGGUGCUGACGUCACCAUCACUAACAAUAACGGGUUCAAUGCCUUGCAUCACGCAGCACUACGUGGGAACCCCAGUGCCAUGCGUGUGUUGCUAUCCAAACUGCCGAGGCCUUGGAUUGUAGAUGAGAAGAAGGACGAUGGUUACACCGCACUGCACCUGGCCGCCCUCAAUAACCACGUGGAGGUGGCGGAGCUGUUAGUGCACCAGGGUAGCGCCAGCUUAGACAUCCAGAAUGUCAACCAGCAGACAGCAUUACACCUGGCAGUGGAACGCCAACACACCCAGAUAGUACGGCUGCUGGUGCGAGCAGAAGCCAAGCUGGAUGUGCAGGACAAGGAUGGGGACACACCACUUCACGAGGCACUGCGUCACCACACACUGUCCCAAUUGCGACAGCUCCAAGAUAUGCAGGAUGUCAGCAAAGUGGAGCCGUGGGAACCCUCAAAGAACACGUUAAUCAUGGGCCUGGGCACCCAGGGGGCAGAGAAGAAGAGUGCAGCAUCCAUCGCCUGCUUCCUGGCAGCUAAUGGAGCGGACCUGACCAUUCGUAACAAGAAGGGCCAGUCCCCUCUAGACCUGUGUCCUGACCCCAGCCUCUGCAAAGCUCUUGCCAAAUGUCACAAAGAAAAGAGCAGUGUCCAGGUGGGCACCCGCAGCCCGUCUCUGAACAGCAACAUCGAAUCACUGGAGGAGUGUAUGGUGUGUUCUGACAUGAAGAGAGACACUCUGUUCGGACCGUGCGGACACAUCGCCACCUGCUCUCUCUGCUCCCCGCGUGUCAAAAAGUGUCUCAUCUGCAAGGAGCAGGUCCAGUCAAGAACCAAGAUUGAGGAGUGUGUAGUCUGCUCUGACAAAAAGGCAGCCGUCUUGUUCCAGCCCUGUGGUCACAUGUGCGCUUGUGAGAACUGUGCCAGCCUCAUGAAGAAAUGCGUACAGUGUCGGGCUGUAGUAGAACGCCGCACUCCCUUCGUUCUGUGCUGUGGAGGGAAAGGUAUGGAGGAUGAUGCCGCUGAUGAUGAUGAUGAUGAUGAUGAUGAUGAUGAUGAUGAUGAUGACCUUACAGGGAGCUCUAACACUAUGGCAGGGGGGUCGCAGGAGCUUCUCCAGCCCAACAAUCUGGCACUAAGUUGGUCCAGUGGAAACAUCCCUGCCCUGCAGAGAGACAAGGACAACACUAACGUCAACGCUGACGUACAGAAGCUGCAGCAGCAGCUCCAAGACAUUAAGGAGCAGACCAUGUGUCCAGUGUGUCUGGACCGACUGAAGAACAUGAUUUUCAUGUGCGGCCACGGCACCUGCCAGCUGUGCGGGGACCGGAUGAGCGAGUGCCCCAUCUGCCGCAAGGCCAUCGAGCGCCGCAUCCUCCUCUAUUAGGUCCCCCGCGCAGACUCUCUCUCACUUCUCUUAAAGUUCACAGCAACCACACUUGCAAAGCUGCAACCACACCUGCCGCUGCUGCUGCUGCUGCUGCUGCUCCCGCUGCCGCCACCGCCGCUGCUGCUCCUCGACCAUCGUCACGGCGCCCGAGUCAGCCAGCUAAGAACGUCCACAAAUGUCUUAGUCUACACUACAAAUUCUCUCUUCAUGGCUUAUGUUCACAUGGAAUUUCUGUUACGAAACACUUCAUCACUUCUGCUAUGGUUUCCUUCACGCGUGCGUC